UCUGUCGACACCCACUCCGUCCUCUAAUCGGCCACGAAAAAAUCUGUACUGUAAAGCAGACCCAAGAAAAUCCCAAACCCCUCCAAGAAUGAAGGAACAAGAAAACCCCCAUACCCAUUACUGGGGCGAGACCCCUGAAGAAGAAUACCUCAAUCUCCAAGGAAUCCAAGCUUCCAAAUCGUUCUACACCUCUCCCAGAGGCCUUAAGCUUUUCACCAGGUCAUGGCUUCCGCUCUCCACCUCCUCCUCCCCUCCUCGUGGCCUAAUCUGCAUGGUCCAUGGCUACGGCAACGACAUCAGCUGGACCUUCCAGGCUACCCCUAUCUUCCUUGCCCAAAACGGUUUCGCCUGCUUCGCUCUUGACCUCGAAGGCCAUGGCCAAUCUCAAGGUCUCAGGGCUUUUGUACCCAAUGUUGAUCUUGUUGUUAAAGACUGUCUCUCGUUCUUCAAUUUUGUCAAACAGGAGACUCGGUUUCGCGGGCUGCCUUCUUUUCUCUUCGGCGAAUCGAUGGGCGGUGCAAUUUGCCUGCUGAUCCAUUUCGCUGAUCCGAAGGGGUUUGAUGGUGCUGUUUUGGUUGCACCCAUGUGUAAGAUCUCUGAGACCGUCAGCCCAAAGUGGCCGAUUCCCCAGGUUCUCUCAUUUGUUGCCAGAUUCUUACCCACAUUGCCAAUUGUUCCGACGGGGGAUCUUUUGGCCAACUCUGUAAAGGUUGAUGAGAAGAAGAUCAUAGCAGUGAUGAAUCCAAUGAGGUACAAGGGGAAACCGAGAUUGGGGACGGUGGUGGAGCUAUUGAGGGUCACCGAUUAUUUGAGUAGAAGGCUGAACGAAGUGAGUCUUCCAUUUAUUGUAGUGCAUGGGAGUGCGGAUUAUGUCACAGAUCCGAAUGUGAGCAGAGCUUUGUACGAAGAAGCGAAGAGUGAAGACAAGACCAUAAAGAUUUAUGAAGGGAUGAUGCAUUCUUUGUUGUUUGGCGAAACAGACGAGAAUAUCGAAGUUGUUCGCAAUGAUAUUCUGAUAUGGUUGAACGAUAGGUGCAAAGGAAGAGCUGAAUAAAAAUUGUAAUGUCAAAACUUCUCCCAUUCGAUCAUUCAUCAUUGGGUCUAAAUUGUCGUUUUCAUAAAUUAAAUAUUCAUGUCAA